AUGGAGCUGGACCACAGGACGACCGGAGGCCUCCACGCCUACCCCGGGCCGCGGGGCGGGCCGGUGGCCAAGCCCAACGUGAUCCUGCAGAUCGGGAAGUGCCGGGCCGAGAUGCUGGAACACGUGCGCAGGACCCACCGGCACCUGCUGGCCGAGGUCUCCAAGCAGGUGGAGCGCGAGCUCAAGGGGCUGCACCGGUCGGUGGGCAAGCUGGAGAGCAACCUGGACGGCUACGUGCCCCCCAGCGACUCGCAGCGCUGGCGGAAGUCCAUCAAGGCCUGCCUGUGCCGCUGCCAGGAGACCAUCCUGCACCUGGAGCGCUGGGUCAAGCGCGAGAUGCACGUGUGGCGCGAGGUCUUCUACCGCCUGGAGCGCUGGGCCGACCGCCUGGAGGCCAUGGGCGCCAAGUACCCGGUGGGCAGCGAGCCGGGGCGCCACACCGUGUCCGUGGGCGUCGGGGGCCCCGAGAGCUGCCAGGAGGCCGACGGCUACGACUACACCGUCAGCCCCUACGCCAUCACCCCGCCGCCGGCCGCGGGCGAGCUGCCGGGCCAGGAGCUGGAGGAGGCCCAGCAGUACCCGCCCUGGGGGUCCGGCGAGGACGGCCAGCCGCUCCCGGGCGUGGACACGCAGAUCUUCGAGGACCCGCACGAGUUCCUCAGCCACCUGGAGGAGUACCUGCGGCAGGUGGGCGGCUCCGAGGAGUACUGGCUGUCCCAGAUCCAGAACCACAUGAACGGGCCGGCCAAGAAGUGGUGGGAGUUCAAGCAGGGCUCGGUCAAGAACUGGGUGCAGUUCAAGAAGGAGUUCCUGCAGUACAGCGAGGGCACGCUGUCCCGCGAGGCGCUGCAGCGCGAGCUGGACCUGCCGCAGAAGCAGGGCGAGCCGCUCGACCAGUUCCUCUGGCGCAAGCGGGACCUGUACCAGACGCUGUACGUGGACGCCGACGAGGAGGAGAUCAUCCAGUACGUGGUGGGCACCCUGCAGCCCAAGCUCAAGCGCUUCCUGCGCCACCCGCUGCCCAAGACGCUGGAGCAGCUCAUCCAGCGCGGCCUGGAGGUGCAGGGCGGCCUGGAGCAGGCCGAGCCCGCCGGCGCCCAGCGCCCCGCCCAGGAGGAGGCCGAGACCGAGACCGAGGCCGAGGGGGCCCUCACGCCGGCCCUCACCAACGAGUCCGCCGUCAGUGACCGGACCCAGCCCGAGUAGAGGGCCUCGGGGCCCGCCGCCCGCCCGCCAUGCCCGCCCGUAGCCUUUG